AUGUCCGAUUGCCUCUUUGAAGGCAAAAUACGCUUCAAAGAGCACAACAGAGGAAGUGGAAGAAAAGUUGAGAAGAGAACCAUUGAUACCAGCAGCACGAAGACAGAGGAUGGUGUCUUUAAUGAUACUGAAUCAAUCAAAGAUGGUGAUGAUGUGGAUAUAGGUGGUCAGUCGAAAAGGCAAUUUGACCUUCCAGUAGAUCUAGUGCCACCUUCUGAAGUAGGCCCUGAAAACGGUGGAACACCAAAGAGAAAAAGGAAAGAACGGCCAAAGGAGGAGAAAGCACUUGAAGCUGGUCUACUUGAAAACGAGGAUGAAGCCCAGAAAUAUGAGGCAAGAGCUGACAAUAGGACCCAGAAUUUUGUGUGUGGAAGAUGGACAAGAGCCUAA